AUGGAAGGAUUGCAUUCAGAUGACAUUCUCUUCCAGCAUCAACAACCAACAACAUUGAUAACAGCUAGCGGAUCAUCAAAGGCUUGGUUAAAUCAACAAAUGAAAGAGCUAUGGAAAGCCUUGAACAUCACAACAGUAGCGCCUAAAUCGAUAGUAUCUGAAAUUAUACGUUGCUUACGAUGUACAAAGCCAAUCAUUCUAGCAAUUCGAGCAGCAUUGGUAUCAGGAAAUCAUUUCGAGCGAUUUGUCAACACUUGCAACAGACUACGUGGAGUGAUAGAAUGUACUAAUCACGUGCCCGGAAAGUGUUCAAAGGAAACAGGAAUUGAAUCACUAUUAAACAGUUUCCGACAUUUCUGCAUAGAUCAAUUUUCAGCUUUCAAGUACAUUUUCGAAUGUUUGGAUCUUCAUUCCGCAGCAGUUUUACGUGAAUGUCAAGAAAAAUGUAAAGCAACUCGUCGAGUACUUGGAUGGUUCUUAUACAGUUAUAUUCAUUCUACUUUACCAUUCUCAAUACCGGAACCUGAAGUACCGGCUAAAAUCAAUGCGCAGUAUUUUAAUAAAAUGAGUGGCGAUGUUUGCAACAUAUUAUCGUGUUACGUUAAUUGCUUGCGGGAAAAAUACAACAAGCGAUGCAACGAUAUUGGUGGCAGUAUGUUUCUGGAAAUACUAUUCAGACCGCUGAUAUCAUUCCACAAAUCUUGGGCAUACAGUCCAAUAGCUACAUCGAUGUUACUUAUUAUGCCACCAACAUGUGACUUUUUCACAUCCUUAGAUCAUUUAAAUGAUUACAGGAUAGACGAAAAGACAUAUAUCAAAAUCAACAAUGCAUUCCCAAACGAUGCGAAAAAUCAAUAUGCUAAUUAUCUGCAAGGUCGUAAUUUGUCUACUGUUUCAUGGAUUCCACUCCUGAAAAGCGUAUCAUCCCCGCUAGAUCAUAAGGAAUUUUCAAAUGAUCCAAUGGAAAAUUCAGCACCACCAAUACACAUCGAAGAAAUUAAAGAAGCAAUUGAAGAAUUUAAAGCAAUAGAUAGAUUACAACGAUUGAAUCUGUAA